UAGUGACGUUGUCAAAGAUCACCUGAUUGUGUUUGAUGUUAGUGAGUAGCCUCCGUAGUGAUGUGAUUAAAAACGUAUGCGAAUGGUUCGGAGAAAAUGGUAAUAGUUAUGACGGAGGAGAGCGAGUGGUCGAUUUACAACGCCGCACAGAACUUGCCGGCCGUUCUGAACGAUCCAAACAAGGGGAAGCAAAGCAACUUCUUCGUGAAGACGUGGGGCGAUGGUUUCGUCGAGAGAAGCGACCUGGAGAGCAGUCCAUUCCUGCCAGACAUCACCCAUGCCCACUUCGAUAAUUACCUGCGGAAGAUCGGGAAACGGUACAGGAAACACAAGAAAAUCUCGCACGAGAAGGUGGAGGUGAGGGUGAAAUGCAAGAACGACACAGAGGAAACUUUGGACACUAUACCAGACAUCUUCCUUAUGACCAGUUUCCCGUUGAGUGAUCCCAGGGUAUUCAACAAAGUGUUUCACUGUGAAUUCAAGCAAAAUGAGAGGCUACUGCACGAGGAGCUUACUCACUAUUUGGAUGUGGUUGAAGUUCAGAUCGCAAGACAAGUAUCACAGAAGUCAGGGGCUUUUUUUCAUGCCAUGACCUCGCAUGACACAAUCAUGGAGCAGAUGGGGACUGCAUGCCAGGAAGUGGGUAAUUUAAGGAGUAAAAUCAAAGUAGUUGACACGGACCUAUCACAAGACCCUUUGAAGUUACUGAACUUGGCAAGAACUAGGAGGAAUCAGGUUUCUCUUUUAGAUAAGCUGAAAUUGAUGGCAACUGUUUUGCAGACCCAACCCACCUUGCAACUAUUGUUGAGCUCCUCUGAUUAUGUGGGUGCAUUAGAAUUGAUAAGUUCAACACAAGAAGUAUUAGCCAGAAAGUUAGCAGGUGUGACUAGUCUGAGGCAUUUACCAUCUCAGCUGAAGGAGAUGUCCAGACUUAUAGAUAAAAUGUUAAGCAGUGAGUUUGAGAGGUAUGCAGCUGCAGAUUUACAUCGACCUUUGGAUUCUGAUGAUGGUCUUCUUGAACCAGAAAGACUAAUUUCUUUGGUGGCUGGGUUACUUAGACAGAAUCACUUCAAUUUCUUGGAAGCUUAUAAGCAGGAAGCUGUAACUGCAGUGCAAACAGUAUUCAAACAAUUACUGAUUGAACAAUUGGCUGAUGAGGAUUCUGAGCAGUGUUUGACUGGUUCAGGGGAGGUAACACCUAAUCUUGAGAGUUCCCACUGGCUUAGAGUGCUAUUUCUGGCCAGUGAAGCUCUAGCAAAGUUAAUGAAGAGAGUUAAAGAUGUUCAUGAUGUUAUUAAGCAAACUGCCAAGAUGAGCACCAGGUUGGAUGAUAGUAAAGUGGAUGAUAUGCAGGAAAAGUUUCUGACUGAGGAUGAUUUGAAGAGAGUAGAGUUAAAAUUGAAGGAACUGCUUGUUUAUAUUUGUGACUAUUGCCAUGAAAGAUUAGCUUCGCUGGUGGACAAUCAGUCUGAUAAGAAUUCCAUCACAGCUGUUCAAAUUGGAGAAUUAUCAAUGAUUGUUGAUAAAUUUGGUGAAGUUUGCGAAGCGAUCUGCGGUCAGAGGAGCGCCACAAUGAAGGCGGCAUUUAAAAUACAAGCCGGUAAUUAUGUGAAUAAAUUCCAUGGGGCUAGAAAGAAUAAGUUGGUGUUGCUGCUCGAUGAUGAACGAUGGAAAGCUGCGGACGUUCCGCUCGGUUUCCAGCUGCUAGUGGAUAAAUUGUCCUGCGGGAAAGUCCUCGAUUUGAUACCAGUGGAUAACAACAAUAGGCGGAGCAUGCAGCGUUGUUUGAAGGUUGACGGGGAGGAGUUUGUGACCGUAGGCGUGGUCUUGAUCCUGGUCAGUUUGGUGAGCGAGUAUUGUAUUUGCGCCCAGGAUUUGCCGCUAUUGGCGAACGUAGUUUACAGGAAUCUUGUGGAAUUAUUGAGGACAUUCAACUCGCGCUCCUGUCAGUUAGUGCUAGGUGCCAGUGCCUUGAGGACCGCCGGUUUGAACACCAUAACAUCAACGAAUCUGGCGUUGACAUCUCGCGCCCUCCAAUUGGUCCUAUGGAUGAUACCGCACGUCCGCAGACACUUCCAGCAGAUCUCGCAGGACUGCAAUAGCUCGAAUUUGGAUGCAGUGGAGAGAGAUAUAGUUCAUCACAUCCAGCAGUUGGAAUCCAAAGUGUUGUCGAUCAUGAAUAAACUACUCGGGGAUUCGCUGAACGAAUGGGAGGCCAAACCUCCCGUUCCCUCGAAGGUGUUCCGGAAUGUGUCGAGGCAUCUGAAUAAGUUACACGAGGCUGUUAGCUGUGUACUACCCAAGAAGCAGAUCAGCGAGGUGUAUCUGGUUAUUCACAGGAACUUCAAGAGCCGCCUGAGAGAGCAGUUGGUUAAGAUGAAUAUUCAAAAUAAUGGCGGACCCCAGCACGGCGUCGUCACGUCGGAGUUGACGUUCUACCUGGAGACGUUGCGAGGCUUGCAGGUCCUGCAAGACAGCCAACUGUCAGACAAAGCCAUGGAGGAUAUCUGGAUUAAAUGAGAUUGUACAUGCGCACGCUACAUUCCCCCCCAAAACGUUUAUAAUUCUUUUUAAUAACU